AUGGUCGAUGUGUACUCAAAAUGGCUCGAAGUGCAUCCAACGAAUGUGGCAACAUCGAGAGCAACAAUUGAAAAACUUCGAUCAACAUUUGCAAUCCACGGCCUUCCUAAAACAAUUGUUAGUGAUAACGGUAGUAAUUUUUGCAGUGAAGAAUUCGAAGAAUUUCUGGCGAAAAACGGCAUUCAUCACAGAAGGACUGCUCCUUAUCAUCCAGCCUCCAAUGGACUUGCAGAACGGGCGGUCCAGACGUUUAAGGAAGGGAUGAAGAAGAUGUCAAAUAAGGAAAGUUUGGAAACUAGAGUGUCUCGGUUUCUCUUCAAAUACCGUUUCACGCCACACUCAACCACAGGGAUAGCGCCAGCGGAAAUGCUUAUGAGCAGAAAACCAAGAUCUUCCGGCCCUUGGACGUACUACAUCCAGAUGUAAGACAAAGAGUACAGGACCAACAGAAGAAGCAGAAAGAGUUACACGAUCAACAUGCAGUGGAUCGACAAUUACGACCAGGUGAUUUAGUAUAUUCGAGAGAAUAUGGAAAACAACAAAAGUGGUGUCCAGGAGUGAUCAAUACACAAACCGGGCCAGGUUCCUAUACCAUACAGUUGGAAGACGACCGCGAGGUUCAUCGCCAUCAAGAUCAAGUGAUCCAUAGAGAAACACCCGAAGAAAACGAAAAUGAUGUCAUGGAUCGAGAUAUCAACCAGCAACCCGCUCCAGACCAACAAGUGGUUAGCGAAGAAAAUGCAGUCCCAGCAGCCCGAUAUCCGCAAAGAGAUAGACAGACACCGGACUAUUAUUCGUGA